AAUAAUAAUAGCAUUGAAUCCUUCCAGUUUCAAGUUGAGUACAGAAGUAUUACCCUUGAGAGAAUGGAGGAAAUCAACAACUCAGCAAUGAAAGUAUCAUCAUCAAUCAGCAGCUGGUUAUCUGAUUUGGAAAUGGACGAAUACAAUAUAUUUGCUGAGGAAUGCAACCUGAAUUUCCUUGAUGCUGAUGUGGGAGGGUUUCUUUCACAAGACAUAUCUAAUGUAUUUCAAGAACAAAACAAACAACAAUGUUUGUCUUUGGGGUCCACUUCAACAAAUGAUCUCAGCAAGUCAUUCAUUCAUGAAACAAUUGAUGAUAGUGACAAAAUCAGUGAAUCUCUUUCACCAAAUAUUUCUCCAUCUUUUCAGUUUCAAAUUCCAAAUUCACCCCCUAGUAACUCAAAAGAGAAUGAAACAAUAUCAGUGUCUCCAACCGAAUUGGAAAAUAUGAAUCACUCAACAGAAACCUCAAAAGGCAAAAGGCCUCGUGCUCAUGGUAGGGAUCACAUCAUGGCUGAGAGAAAUCGAAGAGAAAAACUCACCCAGACCUUCAUUGCUCUUGCAGCUCUUGUUCCUAACCUUAAAAAGAUGGAUAAGCUAUCUAUACUAUUUGACACUAUCAAAUACAUGAAAGAGCUUAAAAAUCGUUUGGAAGUUGUGGAAGAACAAAACAAAAAAACAAAAGAAAGUUCAUCAACCAAACCAUGCCUAUGCAGCAAUGAAGAUUCUUCAUCAUGUGAUGAUAGUGUUGAAUGUGUUAUUGGUUCAACAUUUCAAGUGGAAGCAAGAGUGUUAGGAAAACAAAUGUUGAUUCGAAUUCAAUGUCAGGAGCACAGGGGGCUUCUCGUUAAAAUUAUGGUUGAAAUUCAAAAAUAUCAACUAUUUGUUGUCAAUAGCAGUGUCAUACCCUUUGGAGAUUCUAUACUCGACAUUACCAUCAUUGCUCAGUUGGGUGAAGGGUACAACCUGAGCAUAAAGGAACUUGUGAAGAACGUACGCAUGGCACUAUUGAAGUUUAUUCAUCAUAACAUGAACAUGAGCACGUGCAAUUAGUUGUUGAGUUGCCAGUUAACAAAAGUCACAAAUAUUUUUGGAUUUUCCUUAUUGAUGUACAAUUUUGUUCUACAAAUGUGUUUUUAGAUGCUCUCACUUUAAAAAUUUAUUUAUUUAUAAUUUUC